GAGCAAUUUCCGGUCUACAGCGGCCAUAUUGGAAUGUGCGCCGGGUGUCAUUUUGCAACGCGCUAGUUCAUCUCUUUUGAAGUGAUCCUUCGUAUAAAAUGACGAAGGGUACAUCAAGCUUUGGUAAGCGGCGUAAUAAGACCCACACGCUGUGUAGGCGAUGUGGCCGCAGCUCAUACCAUAUCCAAAAGUCACAAUGUGCUCAAUGUGGCUAUCCUAAGAGAAAGAUGAGAUCCUACAAUUGGUCCAUAAAAGCCAAAAGGAGGAAGACCACUGGUACUGGUCGUAUGCGACAUCUUAAGAUUGUCCGUCGCAAGUUCAAGAACGGAUUUAGGGAAGGACCAAAACCCAAGGCAGUCGCUGCUAAGUAAUCCAUGGGAACUUUGUCACUGUAUUGUUAAGCCACUCGAUUACUGACUUCUAAUAAAGAACAGAAAGUUCAAACAUA